GUUCUUACCCGCCGUGCUCCGCGUGGCGUUCACGGAAGUGGCUUCCUCCGGCUGACAAUCUGGGCGUUUGUGGCCGCACCUCGCCGACUACUACCCAGAGUGGCAGGAGUGAGAGGCCCUGGGGAGAGCCGGACUUCCGCCAUGGCCGUGGAACAGGACAUGUUCGACACCGUCGUGAUGGCGGAUGAGAGAUUCCAUGGGGAGGGAUAUCAGGAAGGCUAUGAAGAAGGCAGUAACUUGGGAAUUGUUGAAGGAAGGCGGUAUGGUACAUUACAUGGAGCCAAAAUUGGAUCUGAGAUUGGGUGCUACCGUGGUUUUGCUCUUGCAUGGAAAUGUCUCCUACACAGUAGUGCUGUCGAGAAAGACAGGAAGAUGAAGGUGGUGGAGGCACUGAUUGCACUGCUGCAACACUUCCCCUAUGAUGACCCCACUUACGAGAGGCUCCAUGAAGACCUGGACAGAAUCAGAGGGAAAUUCAGACAGCUAUGCUCACUGCUCAAUGUGCAACCAGAUUUCAAGGUGACGGCAGGAGACUCCGGACUUGCGUUUUGAGGACUCAGAAGAGCAGAUGACAGCGGGACUAAAGGCGAGCUUGAGUGGCACUCAUUGUUCUGCGGGAGGACCAGUAUGGCCUCUUCCCUGAGGUGGCUGGCUGAGGUGUGACUACCCUGCCUUCUGCACAGGGUCUUGGCAGUACUCUCAAGAAACUGCUUGCUGCUGGCCAGAGUGAGUGUCUUUGUCAUUCAGUGGUCCUGAGUAGGUUACCCUGAGGGUAGCACUUAAGAGAGGCAGGCUGAUGUGAAAGAGUUUAAUCAGAAGCCAUGGAAGCCACGCAGGUUCUUUGCUGUGUGCCGAGCCCCUGCUGGCUGCACUUGGGCGUCCUUUGUUUCACUCUAUCCCUCUGGCAGCCCCAGAGGUGGAUGUCAUUCUGCUUUAGAGGUGAAAUAGACCCACCUAGUCUAAGGGGCCUGGCAGCAGAGCUGCCUGCAACUCCAGAUCCAUGUUCUGUAGUGCCGUCAUUGCCUACACCAUUGGAACCCUGUCCUCUGCGGCAGAAGACCCAGGUUCCUGCAGUGUGUGCAGGGUCCAAGCUCCAUUGGGCUUGGUUUGCCUCUGGAUACCCAGCUGAGAAGACAAGGCCAGCCUGAUCCUGAGGAAGCUGAGGCAUGGCCUUCGUGCUGCCCCAGGUGUGGGAUGAGCCCUACACAUUUAGAAGUGGCAAUGGGGGAACCUCUGGGAACCAAAGCAGGACCAGAUGGUGGUUGCCACUGUGAAGGUGCAGGGCCUUGCCUGUGUGACACUACUUCUUUAACAGCGGCUUGCGUGUCUUCAUGGUAUUCACAGGCAGGUAGGUAUAAGGUUAGCUGGCAAGAGUAGGCUCUGUGCUCCCGUGCAUUUCACAGGUGUGGAUACACAUGACAGCAUGUGUUGCUAUGCCCUUCUUUGGGUGGCCCCAUUGUACCCUGACUGUCCCUACUUCAGUUCCAGGGCAUGAUGUGAAGGGGUCACUGUGGGUGCGUGCCACUUGCAGUUUUGGGUUCUUUUUUUAAUUUUAAUUUUUUUCUAGAGGCAGAGUUUCACUAUAUAGCCCUUUAAGUUUGCCUUAAAGGGUGAUGCUCUUACCUCAGCCUUUGGGAGCCCUGGAAUCUCAGGCCUGUGGUCCUAGGACACUGUUUUUUAACAUCUUUUCAUAGCAACUUGGUAGAUUAGUGACCUCUGUACAGCUGGAGCUCUUCCCUCAUUCCAUCAGCCCGGCUGAGCCAGAGGGAGGGGUGGUGCUGGUGUGUGGGGCUUGGGAGGCCAUGCGUCUGGCUUCCUGAGUGGCAGUGGCCUCAGACUCCUGCACCAUUCUCCCGGCUCCUCCUAGGAGCAGGUGCUCUUCAGGGUGCUUGUCUGGGUGCUGAGCUCAGAGAGCAGUGACUGCUGUUUUGAUCAUAUUUUCCUUUUCUAUUUGAAGAAGAGAAUAAACAAUGUAUUUUAAAGCUAUGGUAUGUCCGGGGUCACUUGUACUGACAGCUGCUGCAGUCCUCCAGGGCCAAGAUGCUGAGGUGGCAAGAUCUUGGUUCAGAGAUGUGGGCCUGCCAUGCCUGUCACAUUCUGCCUUGGAUUUGAUACCACAGGUAGUGUUCCUCUCUUGUCUCUGCUGCUUUUCCCUCUCAUCUCUUUGUCUCUUCCCUCAUUCUCCUCACCUUGUACAUGUUAGGUGUUAGAGUUCCCAUCCAUUAGCAGAGCCACAGCCACCUGCCUGAUACCUCCUGUGUCCCCAAGGUCCUCAUCCAGUCCCCAGCAUGCUGUGGUCACUCCACAAGGUCUUCUGGCUCAGAUUAUAGGCAGAGUGUGGUGGACCAUUCUGCCAUGUGAGCAUGCCCCCUCUUCCCACCAUUGAGAUGGCUGUGUCUGCGGUAAGAGGUGAUGUAAGUCAGGAGAAGGAUGUUGUUAACUUCUAGAUGCCAUCCCAAGUAGAUGUUACUUGGAACUGCCAUAGACAACCGCAGGGAGCUGUGGUGAAGGUGCACCUGAGUGUGGCAGAGUGUGGCACCAGUGGAACCUGUGUUCUUAAUGUCAUUGCUGAGCUGGUAGCCAAUCCCCUGCCUUGUCAGACCAUAUGCUGUGAACUGUAAGUGUCCCCACUGUUGGCACUAUUUUCUGUCACCCAUCCCACCCUGUUCUGGCUGGCUCUCUGGCAGAGUGACCUUCCUAUGACUUUAGCUUUGAUGUUAUCCCUUAUGAGUGUCACUGUGUCACAUGCUGGAGGCUGGAGAUCUGAUGCAGAGGUAUCUGGGCUGGCUCCUCCCAAGGCUCCCUGCUGAGCUUGUUGCCUGCAUCUCCUGAACAGCUGAGUCCUGACUGAACAUGGACUCUACCAGUGAUUUCAUUCUCUCUCAGUUGGCCGAGUGGUGAUGGCACACGCCUUUAAUCCCAGCACUCAGGAGGCAGAGACAGGUGGAUCUCUGCGAGUUCCGAGGACAGCCUAGUCUACAGAGCAAGUUCCAGGACAGGCUCCAAAACUACAGAGAAACCCUGUCUUGAAAAACAAACAAAAAAAGUUUGCAGUCAUUCUCCCUUAGUCAUUUGCAGAUUUAUCUCCAGUAACAGGGCAGGGCCUGACAGGAUCUGGAAUCACCUGGGAGACAUCAACCUCUGUGCAUGGCUGUGAGGGUGUUUCCAGAAAGGCUUAGCUGAGGAGGGAAGGCCCACCCUGAGUGUGCUCUGCCCCAUGAACUGGAGCUCUGGACUAAAGAUAAAGGAGAAAGCAAGCUGGGCACCAGCAUCCGUGUCUCUGUUUCCUGACAUCUGCCUCAGGCUCCUAUUGCCAUGCCUCCCUACUGUGAUAACUGUCACCCUGUAAUCUGUGCACAGAAUAAACCCUCUUCAUCCUGUAA